GUAUGCUCAAAAUAGAAAGCGAACUCUUUAAUAGAGAAAUAUCAGCAGCAUCUGUUUAGUGUUUACUACUUUCUGUACGCCCAGAAUGCUUCAUUCAUGAACCCUCAUCAGAUCUCACAAUAUACGUGCGACUAUAAUCACAUGCAUAUGCAAAGAUUGGUACAGUGUUGUACGCAUAUAUGUUUUUGUUUGUUUAGUUUCUUCCAUUUUUCUUUUUCUUUUCUUUUAUUUUUUUGACUUUUUAGUCAUUUAUUAAUGGCUGGCCUAGAAGCAAGCGGUGGGAAUAUUAAGGUAUUUCCAUGGCUAAAGUCUUUGCCAGUAGCUCCAGAGUACCACCCAACCCUAGCUGAGUUCCAAGAUCCGAUUGCUUACAUUUUCAAGAUUGAAAAGGAAGCCUCCAAAUAUGGGAUUUGCAAAAUAGUUCCUCCUGUGCUCGCACCGUCUAAGAAGACUGUCAUUGCUAAUUUGAACAGGUCACUUUUGGCCCUGUCCAAUGAUUUGAACCCCGCGCCGACUUUCACCACUCGGCAGCAGCAGAUCGGAUUCUGCCCGAGGAAGCACCGACCGGUGCAGAAACCCGUCUGGCAGAGUGGGGAGAAUUACACUGUUUUAGAAUUCGAGGCGAUGGCCAAGAAUUUUGAGAAGAGCUAUUUGAAGAAGUAUGGGAAGAAAGGGCUGAAUGCGUUGGAAGUUGAGACCCUUUAUUGGAAGGCAACUGUGGACAAGCCCUUUUCAGUGGAGUACGCAAAUGACAUGCCCGGGUCUGCAUUUGUAGUGAAGAAGGUUGGUGGGAAGGGGAUUGAGGACCCAUUGACGGUGGGGGAGACGGAGUGGAAUAUGAGGGGGGUUUCAAGGUCGAAAAGCUCCUUGUUAAGGUUCAUGAAGGAGGAAAUUCCCGGGGUAACUUCACCCAUGGUGUACAUUGCUAUGAUGUUUAGUUGGUUUGCUUGGCAUGUGGAAGAUCAUGACCUUCAUAGUUUGAAUUAUAUGCACAUUGGUGCGGGAAAGACAUGGUAUGGUGUGCCUAGGGAGGUGGCUGUCGCAUUUGAGGAGGUGAUCCGGGUGCAGGGAUAUGGCGGAGAGAUAAAUCCUCUUGUUACUUUUGCUACACUUGCUGAGAAGAACACAGUCAUGUCACCUGAAGUACUUGUUAAUGCCGGUGUUCCAUGCUGCAGGUUGGUGCAAAAUGCUGGAGAAUUUGUUGUCACUUUCCCAAGAGCCUAUCACUCAGGGUUUAGUCAUGGAUUUAAUUGUGGAGAGGCAGCUAACAUUGCUACUCCUGAAUGGUUGAGGAUUGCAAAUGAUGCUGCUGUUCGUAGGGCAUCAAUUAAUUGUUCUCCAAUGGUGUCUCACUUCCAGUUACUGUAUGACCUGGCACUUUCAUUAUGUUCAAGCUUAUCAAAGAGCAUUUGUGUGGAACCACGGAGUUCCCGGUUAAAGGAUAAAAAGAAAAGUGAAGGAGAAAUAUUGAUCAAAGAGCUAUUUUCGCAGGAUGUGAUGCUGAACAACAAUACACUUCAUAUUCUUGGAAAAGGAUCUGCCGUUGUAGUUCUUCCUCAAAAUUCUUUAAGCAGUUCAAAUUUACAACGUGGAACCCUGUCAGCAACCAGAUCUAGAUUGUUCUCCAGAUUUUGCAGUCCUGAUCUCGAGUUUAAAGUUACAAAAAGUAUUGUUUGUGAGGAUGUCACGUUGGACAGGAACCAAGAAGUGGGGGAAGUGAGAGGCUAUCCAGUAAAAGGGAAAGUUUAUUCUUUGUGCAAUGGUAGCGAGUUUCCCUCUUUAGCUCCUCAGACAGGAAAUGCUGACUCUGAUGUAAAACGAGCUUCCCAAUUUGAUAGAUUGUCAGAUAAGGGACUAUUUUCAUGUAUCACUUGUGGUAUUUUGUGCUUUGCCUGUUUUGCGAUAGUUCAACCGACAGAAGCUGCUGCUAGUUAUCUAAUGUCAGCUGAUUGUAGUAUCUUCAAUGAUUGGGAAGCAGCUGGCAAUGGCUACAACCUCUGCACUGGAGAUGUAAUGAAUCCCCAUUCAGUUGCAGGAUCUGUUCUUAAAAGGACACCACGCGGACUAUUUGAUGUCCCAGUAGGUUCUGCUGCUCAAAUUGGAAUGGUAAAUGAUGAUAGAGCGAUGGUUGUUUCAAAUAGUAAAACACAAAAGGAUACCUCUGCCCUCGGCCUAUUGGCUCUGAUGUAUGAUGAUUCCUCCGACUUUGAGGAGGAAGAGGUUGAAUUACAUAUUCCUGUCAAAGACCCCGAAACUAAAGGAAGUGAUUGCACUGAAGGUGUACACUACAGUAAAAAACUUGGCUAUACCCAAAUUGACGGUGGGAAUGAGGUUCCUAUCAAAAUUUCCAAUUCUUUUGCAAAGCAUGGCCCAGUCAGAGAGGAAAAUAAGGAUAUAGUGUAUCAAAGUUUAGAUUAUUCCAAUGAGAUUGAAAUCGACAAGUGUAAAUUAGUUGACUCAAAUUCUUUAACGCAUAGUUUUAGAAAUUUAACAAAAUUACAGAACAGCACAUCGAAUUGUAACCCUGUUGCUGGUAAGGAAGAAGAGACAAUUAGCACUGCUUUGGUACCAUUAGAGAAGACAACUACGUCUUUUGCUUCACGAUCUGACAAAGAAUCUUCUAGAAUGCAUGUCUUCUGCCUUCAGCAUGCUGUACAAGUAGAACAGCGGCUCAAUUCAUUUGGAGGAGCACGCAUUUUCCUUGUCAGUCAUCCAGACUAUCCCAAAUUAGAAUCUCAAGCAAAAAAGGUGGCAGAAGAAUUGAAAAUUGAUCAUCUCUGGAAUGAUACGCCAUUCAGGGAGGCUACAGAAGAGGACAAGGAAAUGAUACGAUUAGCUUUAGAUAGCGAAGAUGCUAUCCAUGGCAAUGGAGACUGGGCUGUGAAACUUGGCAUCAAUCUCUGCUACAGUGCUAAUCUUAGCCGAUCUCCUCUCUACAGUAAGCAGAUGCCAUACAAUGCAGUUGUAUAUAAUGCAUUUGGAUGUCGUUCCCCAGCAGACACUCGGGAAAAUGAUGGAAAUGGUUCAGGUAAGCAGAAAAGGUUUGCUGUUGCUGGAAAAUGGUGUGGUAAAGUCUGGAUGUCGAGUCAGGUUCACCCGUUGUUAACUAAGAAGGAUUUCAACGAACAAGAUCCUACUUGGGUCGAGCCGGAUGUGAAGGUCAGGAGACCAUUGGAUGCCACCCGAACUGCUGAAGCAGCUUCUACAAGUUGCAGAACUAGUAGAAAGAGGAAGCGUCGACCAGGAAAUAGGUCAGCCAUGAAAGCAAAAUCUCCGAAGGCUGAAAGUUCAGAGGAAUCUUCUGAAGAUUCUUUAAUCUGGAACUCUCUUAAGCAAGUUAGGAGUAUGCUUGGAAACAAAAGAAUGAAAAAAGAGACUCACGAACCUCAGAAUAAAGGUGAGAGAAGCAAGAGAAGUUUUGAAGCGCUAACUGAAGACGAGGUGGAAGAAUCUCCAAUCAGGAAUUCUAUUAGGCACCAAGUCAAGAGUAAGCUUAGAAACAAGCGAACUGAGAAAGAGAAUCCAGAGCCUCAGAAUAAACAAGAGAGAAGCAAGAAACAUUUUGACACACUCACUGAAGCCGAGGUGGAGGAACCUGUCGGGAACUCUCAUAAGCAACUUAAGAGUAAGCUUGGAAGCAAGAGAGUGAAGAAAGACAAUUCCAUGCCUCAGAAUACUCGGGAGAGAACCAAGAAACAUAUUGACCUACUCAAUGAAGACGAGGUGGAAGAAUCUCCAAUCAGGAACUCUCGUAAGCAAGUCAAGAGCAAGCUUGAAAAUAAGAAAACUAAGAAAGCGACUCCUGAGCCUCAGAAUACUCGUGAGAAUAACAAGAAACAGUCCAACUCAUUUAUUGAAAGCGAGCUGGAAGGUUGGCCGGGUACACGACUAAGACGAAGAACUUCAAUCCCGUGUAAAGAUUCAGGACUCAAAUCAGCUAAAGCGAGACCCAUACCGAAGAUGCUGCAUAAAAACAUGAUAAUGAAGAAAAGUCAAGCCAUGAAGGUUCCGUCUAGUAGUAACAAUGCAAAAAUAAGGGACGAGGAAAUGGAGUACCCGUGUAACAUGGAUGGCUGCAUUAUGAGUUUUGGCUCGAAACAGGAGCUUAUGUUGCACAAACGGAAUAUUUGUCCAGUCAAGGGAUGCGGGAAAAAGUUGUUCUCACACAAGUAUCUGGUGCAGCAUCAACGGGUUCACACGGAUGAUCGCCCCCUGAAAUGCCCGUGGAAAGGCUGCAAGAUGACGUUUAAGUGGGCAUGGGCUCGGACCGAGCACAUAAGAGUUCACACGGGCGUUCGUCCUUAUGUUUGCACUGAGGCGGGAUGUGGCCAGACGUUUCGGUUUGUGUCAGAUUUCAGUCGACACAAGCGCAAGACCGGUCAUUCUUCGAAGAAAUCUAAAGGAUAAUUCAACAUGGCUGAUGUUACUGUUGUUCAAGUAACAAAAAUAGGAUCAGUUUAACCUUGUAAUUUUUUCAUGGUGAUGCAGAUGAUUCUGCUUUGUCGGGUUCCUCAUUGGGCCCAUUUAUAUACUUUCUAGGGGAAUAAUUGGAAAAUGCUCCUCUACAAGAAAAAUGGCUGACAGGGGCUUGACACCCUCGCAUAACCGUCGGGGCUGCACGAAUAAACAAUUGGGAGGAAGAAGUGGUCCCACCCCCCAAAUAUGUGUGUAGGUCAACCCUUCUGUCAUGUAUUUUCUGACAGAGGAGCAUGGUCCGAAAUAAUUUGUUCGACAUUGGAAGUGAAUUUUCUCCAAAAAGAGGGAAUUUAAGACGCCAAAAUUGGUCUUGAAUAGAAUAAGUUCCCCUUUGUGCA